ACUCCACGAGGUGUUGAUGGACCUUCAGCACCAGCAGUUGAAGCAGCUCACUGAUUGGUUGGAGCUGACAGAGGGGCGGAUCAAGCGGAUGGGGGCUCAGCCUAUGGGGCCAGACCUGGAGGAUGUUAAACACCAAGUAGAGGAACACAAACUGUUGCAGGAGGACCUAGAGUUGGAGCAGGUGCGUGUCAACUCUCUGACACACAUGGUGGUGGUGGUGGAUGAGAACAGUGGAGACAGCGCCACCGCUGCCCUGGAGGAGAAACUACAGCACCUGGGAGACCGGUGGGCAGCCAUCUGUAAGUGGACAGAGGAGCAUUGGGUUCUGCUACAGGAGAUCCUGCUCCAGUGGCAACACUUCACUGAGGAACAGUGUUCGUUUGACUCAUGGUUGACUCAGAAGGAGAAGUUGGUUCUGUCCAUCCAGAGCAGUGGCAUCAAGGAGCAGAGUGACAUGGUGGCCAACCUGAGAAGACUAGCGACGGUGAAGGGUGACCUGGAGAUGAAGAGACCGACCAUGGACAAGCUGUGUUCUCUGUGUCAGGACCUCGUCUCCUCAGUGAAGAACAAAGAGGUGGCUCAUAAGCUGGAAGCCAGGCUGGAAAGCUUCGCCCAACGCUGGGACAAACUGGUGCAGAGCCUGGAUAGGAGCAGCUCACAGAUCUCGCUGGCUGUAACCACGGUGCAGACCGCGCAGACGAAACUGACACACUCGGUGACGGCGAGCGUAUCCAAGGUGACGACGCGUGAGAAGGUGGUGGUGAAGAAUACUAAAGCAGCGCUGCCCUCUCCACCGCCCCAGAAGAAGAGACAGAUUGUUGUCGAAUCAGAGCUCAGGAAAAGGUUUGACAUGGAUUUCACUGAGCUGCACAGUUUCAUCACGCGCUCCAAGGCCAUCCUACAGAGCCCAGAGUUCUCCAUGUCCAGGAAGGAGGGCAGCGUACAGGAGCUCCAUGAUAAAGUCCUGGCGAUAGAGAGGGAGAGGCCAGAGAAGUUGCGGAAGCUUCAGGAAGCAACUCGUUCGGCACAGGCUUUGCUCGAUCAGCUGGCGAGCG